UGGCCUAUUGAAACGCUAACUGAUCCAUCAUCAGCAAGGAGAUUUCCGUAAUUUCUCACACAACCACCAAAUGGCAAGCAGGCAUUCUCGGAAUGGGACAAAUGCAGCCUAUGCGGACAGAUUUUCAAAACGGAGACAGGCAGUACGUAUUACAAAAUAGCAAUGAAACCCGCUCUCAACGCGAGAGACAGAGAGAGAAAAGAGCUCUCGUUCCAGACUGAGCGAGCGAGGCAGAGAGAUAGAGAGAGGCUGACGGGAGACGAAUCCUUCGUCCGCCAUAUCCCCUCUCUGACCCCAGAAAACCCUAGAAUUCCCUAUUCUGUCCAGAUAGCGGUUGUGUGCAGUAGCAGGAGUUAAGGAGAGUUGAUUCAUGCUGACGUUAUAUAUAAAGAUGGACCGGGGCUUAGGCUAGAUCCAUGUGGCUUCUUACUUGCUGAGAUAGGCCACCCCGGAAAAUGCGAAAGCAGCCAUAAGUGGACAAGAUGGAUUCUGUCAGGCCUAUAUCUAGACUUUCAGUUGAAGCAUCCACAAAUGAUCAAUGUUUCUUGGUGAAUUUCAUUAUGGGCACUUACUUGGGCCCUGAUGUCAAAACAGACAUCCCAAGGCGGUCAGCCUCUCAACGAAUAGCUGAAGGCCUUCCACCAUAUGAUAUCACUGAUUUGGGUGCAGCAUUCCUAAAGCUCUCGGAAGUUGAGAGCCUUUAUUAUUAUAUUCUGAGGAACGCACAUCCCAGUGCUGUAUUGAAGUUGCAGUCCCUGUACAUGUAUUUCAAGGGUGAUAUGCAUCCUUCCAACUCGGACAUUCUUGAGGAUGAGCGCCAGUUUACAAGCUUUUUCCCUCGAGAUAUUCACAGGCAGGGUAGAUUCAAAGGGAGUUUCAAGAUCUUCAAGGGGGUCGUAAUGAUUGGUGAUCCUGAUGUUUCUUAUAUUAAACCAGCAGAUCUUGAAAGGUUCAGGUGGUUAGCUGGAGUGAAUGAUCUGAAGAUUGAUAGGGAUGAAGCCCUAUUCUAUCACCACGGAUAUCGCACCGACAGAGACGAAAGCCAGCCAUCACCAAACUAUACUCUAUGUUAUGCAGAAACAUCAACGAAAGAUGUUCCAAAUGGAAAUGCAGCUGAAUCUUCCAGGCGUAGGAAUAAUUCGAAAAAAAGGCGUGUGAAAGACCCACUGCUGAUGCCAACGCCAUGUCAGAGCGCCGCUCCUUUGUAUGAUGAUCAUGUUGCACCUCCAUUUGAAGAAGCGUUUCCUGUGAAGGCCAUUGAUUUGGCCGCACCCGCCAUGGUGGUGCUUGCAUCCACCCCCAGAAUAGAACACUGGAACCCCAAGACAUCUGUCUUUUUAACUGGGACAGCAAAAGAUGGGACGGCUGGACCACCUGUUGGACUUGUUGAUAUUGGCAUCAGUAAGGAUGCCUAUCUUUUUCGUGUUGCUUUACCUGGUGUCAAGAAAGACCAAUGUCAGUUCAGUUGUGAGAUCGAGUUUGAUGGGAAAGUUCAACUCCAGGGUUUGACGACGACUGGUGAGAGAGUUGUCAUGAGACACUCACGUGUAUUUCAGAUGACAACUCAGCAUCUCUGCCCCCCUGGCCCAUUCACCAUUUCAUUCCGCUUACCCGGGCCGGUGGACCCAAGGCUGUUUACUGCUAACUUUGGGUCCGAUGGUAUCUUGGAAGCCAUUGUAAUGAAGUACAGGGAACCCAAGGUCUCUGGGGUGCAGGUACACAGCUGAUCCUCCUUUUCUCUCUACACAGGAACUUGUAGUGUUUGGUUUCAAAUCAUAGACAGAUGUUAGUGGGCUGUUAGUGUUUGAUUUUAAGUUAUAGGAAGAUCCUAGUGUUUGGCUUUACCCCAGAGAGGAAUAGUGCAUGCGCUUUCAAGGCUCUCUUUUGGUAGAAAGGGUCGGUCCAUGUGAGGGAAGGUUUGAAUUAACUUAUUUCUACCAAAAGAGAUGCAUUCUUUUGACU